AUGGCUGUGGGGACAAGAUUAGCGCUUGUGGCAUUCUUGCUAUUACAGAACACAAAUGGGCAGAGUUUCUCUAGGUUUGAGCCUAGUAACUCGACUAUCUCCUUUGGGAGCACUAGUUCGAUUCUACAAGCACUCAGUUCAAAGUCACCGUAUUCAAGUGCAACUUACAUCGCUCAAUCGGCCUUAUUAGUACCAUCGCAGACGACUGAGAUUUAUCAAGGAACUACAAAUACUCAAGUUUUGUCAUCAAUAAUAAGUUCAGAUAUGUUGAAAUCAUCGCCCAUCUCUAUUUCCCCCGCAGUGGCUGCUUCUAAGUUGUCUUCUUUAACACUUGUUUCUUCAAGUAUAAUGGCAGUGCCAAAUACAGGUCUUUCAGCAGGUUCUUCGGAGGUGGUUACCACUGAAAGUACAAAUCAUGUCAUUGCAGUACCCACUUCUUCAAUAAAAUCUUUCAUAAUCGAGGAACAGUCCUCAUAUUUGCUAAAGUCAAGAGAAUCCUCGACUAGCGAAGACAUCUCUUCAUCAUCAAAACCCAGCAAAACUACUUCAUCAUUGGUCACAGCAAGUGAAUCAAGUUCCACUACUUCAAAUACAGCGAGUGUUUCAUCCUCAGUUGCAUCAAGCAUCUCCACAUAUACAAUAUCCUCGAGCACUAAUUUACCAGUCACAACGUCAAUGAGCUCGCAAAGUAAUGCGAUGAUUAUAGCUGAAUCUGACAUUGACUCAACCAUAACCAAAAUAGUAAGUGGAAGGACGAUACUAUCAAAUGCAUAUACUGUAGUGACGUUAACUGUUGCAAAUACUCCUACUGCCGUCACAGCAAACGCAAAGAGUCAAUCGCAUACCACUGUCUCAGGAAGAAACAAGAAGAUUAUUUUGGGAUGUGUAUUGGGUCUGGGAAUUCCAAUAAUUAUAUUGCUGGUGCUACUUAUUUCGUACGUUUUAUACACGAAGAGGAAAAAUAGUAAGAGGUUAUUCAAUUCCGAUGGAAAGCUUGUCCACUUGAAUGAUUUGGAAUCAUCCAAUAGGUAUUCAAAUGGGACAUAUUACGAUGAAGCUAGUACAGUGCAUGAAUAUGUGGAGGUGGAGAAGAAAAGGACUUUUAGUAUUACUAAUGUUUAA